AUGACAAGACUUCUCGCUCGCCAAUUUGCACUUGGACUCGGGAUGGGUUAUGAUAACUCAAGCUGUGUUGACCCAGGUAUUUUGUCGGACGUCAACAAACUUCAUUUCUCUGAAUGUAAUCGUGAUGCGGCGUCGGCGUACCUGUCGUCCAUUGAUGGAAGCUGCUUCGAGAAUAACCCCGAUCCUGCCAGUUUCAUAAACAACCUACCUCUGGCAACAGAGCUGGACAAGCUUAACUACGAUUGCUACGUCGAAUACGCAGAUCACGCCACGCAUUUUAGUGAAGAGGCAUGCCCAUGGCAUCGCACAUACGACACGUUUACCUGCCAGCUUUGGUGCCUGAAAAGAAACCGAAUCCACUUAGGAACCGUGUGUGAGAAUACGGGACGACUGCCAAGUUAUUCUGCGCCUACAUGCGGCAAUAAUCAGCUAUGCGAUUCACAACAGUCGUGUUACUGUCCAUCUGGGGAAGAUUGCACUAACAGCGGUGAUGCUGCCGGCAGGGAAGACGUUGGCCAGUAUAUCUCAGUCGAUGUUGCCUCUUUCCAAAAUGCUGAGAGCGAAUGCACCGCCCAUGGUGGCGCUAUUGCUGAUAUUCGUAACUCGUCCAUAGAGAGCGGUAUUGUAAACGAUGUAGCAACACCAGACACCACAAAUGAUUUGUUUUAUUUUGCUACCAGACGUGAAUCUUCUACUGGCCAACAGUGGUUUUCGCAAGGGGCAGUCCCUGGUUAUUUGAACUGGAAUGCUGGCGAGCCAGACACAGAUGAAAACGAAUGUCUUGUUUUGAGUCGCACUAAUGGUUUCAAAAUGACGGAUAAUAGUUGCAGUCCAGCCUCAGCGAUUGGCGCCAUAUGCGAGAUAUACAAAGACAAACCAUUGUUUCAUUGGGUUGCACCAUCGACAUACGCAUAUGUAGGAGCUGACGGAAACUGCCAAAACUACGGUGGUCGGUUGGCGAAACUAGCUACCAGUGGAGUACAAACAAGAGUUGCUGACGUUUUUGCAGCGUUGACGGUACUUCCCUCCACUAACAAAGUGUUCUUUGAUGCACAGUUGGAUGGCACUCUGUGGAAAUAUACGGACGGACAUGAACUUAGAUAUUCGGAUACCAAUUGGAGAAGUGGUGAACCCGAUAACCUCAAAUCCUGUGCAGUUGUAAAGAUUACAGACAAUAAGUGGCAGUCAGAUGAUUGUACUCUGUAUUACGGACGUUUCCAUAUAUGUGAAUUUGAUUGCAUUCCAGGUGCAUCGAGUUGGUGCCACAACGGCGAUAUCGUUGUGAAUGAAAAUGCUUUGACGUGUGAAUGCGUGUGCGACGCUGGCUGGGAAGGUCCAUUCUGUUUACAACCUAUCGUCCCACCUCCUAUGUAUUACAAGGCCGUCAGUGUGACCGAAGAGUUUUACGAUGCAAAGCAAAUCUGUAGCGACCUCGGUGGAGGUUUAGCCACCGUCCAAUCGCCGGGCAUGCUCCAAAAUGUCGGCGAUGUUGCUACCGAUAACGAGCUAGUAAAUGAUGUGUGGGUAGGAUUGUUCGAAAAAGAUGGGAUAUGGAUGUCCGAUGAUUCCACUCCACAAAGCGGGUUUACAACAUGGAAGAAUGAACACCCGAAAGAUAAGGAAUGUGGCGCUAUAAAGUUUGAUACAACUUGGCAAAUGUUUGGUGUUACUUGUACUUUUAAGAAAGAGUAUAUAUGCGAGUUCAGAUGUGACCAGGGUUCGUCAUGGUGUAUCCAUGGUAGUAUUGUUAACGAUACAGUCGGAUGCCAUUGCGAGUGUGACUAUACCUGGUCAGGGGAGUUCUGCACAGUGCGUACAGACACUAUGCUAAGUCUAACCGUUGCUGGCAAAUAUGAUACAGUCAAAGCUGACUGCGAAUCACAUCAGGGACGGCUAGCUCUUAUCAACAGUGCCGCUGACCAGCAACGAGUUGCCGACUAUCUCCAAACUGCAUCUCCACCGGACAAUCGGAUCUAUUUCGGCUUAACGAAGGCUGGUGAGAGUGGUUUGUGGUUGAACGAGUAUGGAAACCAACUCUUUUUCAAUUUCAAGAACACGCCUAAUAUAUACACUGAAACGUGUGUCACUAUAAGAGAAGACUUUGCUUAUGAAUGGAAGUCUAUUCCAUGUAAUUGGGCCGGUGGACGAAUCGGUUUGUGCGAAUUUGACUGCACUUCUACUGCAUGGUGUCCGCCAAGCAAGGGUACCGUGGUAUCUGUAGGCUCAACAUGUUACUGUGAUUGCAAGCCAGGAUUUUCAGGACAGUUUUGUGAUGAUCUAAUUGUUCCAAACGCCUUGUGGGAGAUGGUACAAGACGUGCGCGAGGAGGGUUAUGUUCCGGAGAAUAGAUGUCACUACCUGGGCUCCGUGCAAAGACAGUGUCGUUCACAAGACGAUGUGUCUGGUAGGAUAGCACUCAGUGUGUGUGGAGAAAAGACACACAGUGGUACAAUUUUACUGGAAGACGGUACACGUUACGUCAUACAAGCAGAAGAAGCUCCAAAAGGCAAAUUACAAGGCAAAUAUCGAAUGUUUGAAAACCAACAAGACAGAAGGUUGAAAAAAGCCGCCGUUUUCACAGACGAUGAUACAGGGAAAAUCCCAGCGCCGCCGCAAAUUUCGUACGCCAGUGUUCAAGAGGUCAUUGAUGCCGCUGUCAAGACUGCAAAGCUGAGACAAGUAGAGUUUCCAAGUGAAACCUUAAUUCACCUUGAGGUGGCUGUUACUGUAGAUUACGAAUUAUAUCAGAAGUACGGAGAAGAGUCCACUGACUUUGCGCUAUCCAUUAUUAACCAUGUGCAAUUCGUGUUUGGGCAUCAAAGCCUGACAGACUAUGGCAUAUUUAUAAUGAUUGAAGUUGUCAAAGUAGAGAUAUUUAAGAGUCCAGUGUUGGAGCGAGAGAGGGAAGAAUCUCAGUGGUCUGAUAUAGCAACACUGUUCAACAUGUUCUGCAACGUUGUCGAGCCAACAUUUUAUAGCGAUGAUCCUCUGAGCCGCCAACAUUAUGAUGUCGCUAUUUUAAUCGCCGACCGAGAUUCCGUGAUUGAUACCGGAAAGGGUGACGCACUUGCUAGUUUCCAAUCGUGUAAUGGCGAUCGAUGUGCGGUACUUCUAUACUCAACGGACUCAGACUUUGAGCAUCCACGGUCUUUGCUAUCGCACUUACUUGGUCUCACACUUGGUAUGUACUAUGACGACGAAGACGAAAACUGCGGCGCUCCGUCGAAAGAAGACCUAAACGCUAUAAUGGUGGCACCGGAUAUCACUGAAUUCACGGAGUGUAACCGAAAUUCUCUCUUGAGAUACAUUAGCCAGCCCGGUAUCGACUGUUUUGAUGAUACCCGCCACACGAAGGACGCAAUUUAUGAAGAUGGAGUCUGUAACGAAGCAUGCAAGAAUGCCUUCCAGAACAGUGAAACUCACUCCAGUGAACGGUGUUGUAAAUGGCGUAAUCCGAUGAUAACGGGCAUGUGCAGUAUUUCGUGCGAGGUCAUCGAUCUGUACGGAGAGGUGAGCUGUCAAUCAAUAUCACUCCACGAUGAUGACAUUCCAUGUGGCCAUGGAAAGUAUUAUAAGACCUUUCUCAAAGUAGUACAUGAACGCUAUACAUCGUGGUCUGAAGCGGCGGACGUGUGUACGGGCAUGGGCGGCAAAAUGUUGCAGAUAUGGUUUCAAGAAACUCAGGUCUCCGUCGAAAACAUUCUAAAAAGCACCACAUCAUACGACAAAUUUUUUGUCGGAAUCACUCGAGAUGUCACCGUCAGUGGGCAAUGGGUCGAACCUAAUGGCUAUACCGUAACUAAUUUCCAUUGGUAUCCCGGUGAACCUAAUGAAAAUGAUCUAGGAUGUGCUGUCAUAAGCCGACACCAUAACUACUUAUGGAUCGACCAUACGUGUGAUGGUGGUGCCGGUUAUAUAUGCGAAUUUGCGUGCACCGAUCCCGUAUGGUGUGUAAAGGGGACUAUUGAAUAUAUCGGUGACUCAUGUAAAUGUGUCUGCAAUGAAGGAUAUAAAGGAGAUUUUUGUGACGAGUUCGUGACAUCUUUAUCGCCAAUCUAUUCAGAGUACGCUGCUCAAUCAUAUGCCGAUGCUAAAACGCAAUGCCAACAGAUUAAUGGUAGACUCCCAGGUGCAUGUUCGCAGAGUUCGUACGAUUUUUUCACAUCUUACAUUGCCACAUUGUCGGCUACUCCAACUGAUGAGUUUUAUAUCGAUGUGACAAAGGAUGGUGGAAUCUGGAGAGGGUGUAAUUCGAAGGCUACUCAGUUUGCAAAUUGGGAUUCGAAUGAGCCUUUAGCAUCGAACUCGUGUGCGGCUGUAAGUCAAAUCACGCCGUAUGAAUGGUAUUCUACUAACUGUACCGAAUCCCAUCGCUUUGUUUGUGAACUUCCUUGUGAGAAAACUAGUGAAAAAUGGUGCCAUCAUGGUGAGGUAGUACCCGAUGGAAACACGUGUCGCUGUGAAUGCUGGGAUGGAGUUUUGGGAGCACAGUGUACUGAAUAUGACUACAACGACGCAUUAUACAAGUUGAUCCUCUUUUACGAAGCCCAAGAAAGCGGCGUACGUGCACCGGGAAACAGAAUCACGUGGAUGAAUGACUCGUUUUUGUAUGACACAACUAUGGAUGGUACCGGUGAUCUAACAGGGGGCUGGUUUGAUGCUGGUGAUUACGCUAAAUUCUCCUUCUCACUAACCGCUACUCUACCAAUGCUUGCAUGGGGAGUUCUCGAAUUUAAAGAUGCGUACAAUAUCACUGGUGAAUUGAAUAAUAUAUACCGUACCUUGAAAGUCGCCACCGAUUUUAUUCUGAAGUUACACACUGAUGAAUACGAGUUUUAUGCAUAUGUUGGCGAUAUUACCAUUGAACAUAGAACAUGGGGACGACCAGAUGACAUCAUGGCAGCAUAUGGUAGCCAAUUACGUACCGGAGAUCCAAUUAAUGUGACCAAUCCAGGAAGCGAUUUAGCUGGAAAUGUGGCGGCCUCCCUAGCUUCGUGUUAUUUAGUAUUCAAAGAUAUAGACCCUACAUACGCUGAUACACUCUUGGAACACGCUAUAACGAUGUUUGAAUUUGCAACUAAUGAAAGUCAUCAAGGGAUCUACUCGGAGAACACCAAUAUUGAAAACUUCCAGAGUAGCUCCUACUAUGACGAACUUGUCAGUGGAGCGAUAUGGAUGUACAAGGCAACAAAUGACUCUGUGUACCUCGACAAAGCAGAGACGCUCUACACACGGUAUGGCUUGGACUACGUUGCAGAAUAUUGCGGAUGGUCGUCGUGUUUGACUGCCACUCAGCUACUGCUAUAUCUGGAAACUGGGAACACAACGUACCUGGAUAGAGUGGAAAGUUCUUUUACAAACUGGUUACCUAAUGGCACCAUUAGAUAUACACCAGGAGGACUUGCCUGGAAAUCAAGUAACAAUCCUGUGAGAGCUAUAGGCCGCUGGGCGUUCAUGGCAUUGGUUGCCGGCAAACAUAAUAUUAACAGAGAUGAAUUAUACUAUUGGGCACGCAGUCAGGUAAACUAUGUUCUUGGAGAUUCUGGAAGAAGUUUCGUGAGUGGAUUUGGACCCAAUCCGCUCGUCUCAAUACACCACCGUGCGGGCUCCUGUCCAGACCCGCCAGCACCAUGUGACAAAGCAUGGCGUGAUGGUCCCCAGCCAAAUGGACAACCACUGAAGGGAGCUGUAUCCGGAGGUCCCGACAACAUGGACCAUAUCUUUGAUAGCAGGAAUAACUAUAUGCAAACUGAACCAAGCAUUACCGCAACAGGAUUUGUCUCGAGUAUUGCUGGUAUGUUGUAUUUCCGGGAUGUCUUGGAAUACACGGACCCUCUUACUGCCUAGAGAUGGACACAGAAUCCGAAGUGUUAUCGAAAAUUAUAAGGCUUGAUUAGAAUUUCAAUUAUCGUUUAAAAGUGUUAUUCUAUUUUGCUUUGUUGGUGAAGGGAAAUCGUUUUAUCCGUCUCAAUAAAUACUUAUAUAUAGAGCAA